CCUACGUGCUACCCUAUAUAUAUAUCUACACAGCAUAUGAAGAGCAUAUAGUCUUCUUCAUGGCCAGUUAACAUCGUCAUUCAACAUGUUGGAUUCCAUAAUCAGCAAAAUGUUAGCUGUCAUUCGUCUUGCGCUUUUCUCAGCGAGUGUCUUUGUGUUUGUUAAAGGCAAUGAUUGCAUCGUAGACGAUAUAAAGGUCCAAGCGAACUUUGAUACAGAUAGGUAUAUGGGGAAAUGGUACGAGUAUAAAUGGUAUGCCCAAUCGUUCAUACCGGAAGAGGAAAGGUAUGCAGACUACUACCACUAUUACAUUCCUACCGAUGACAAAAAUAUCACCAACUACAUCAGUGGGCGUGAUCCAUCGAAGCCUGACGGGGAGUGUUUCUUUUACCACCGGGAACUCAUCCCGACUACAGUGCCUGGGAGGUUUAUCUGGCAAGACACCCCAUCAGAUGCAAUGUCCUACUGGGUGUUAGAAACAGACUACACCCAGUACGCCUUUGUGUACGCCUGCUCAAAUGUAUCCUCCACCCGCACAUGUACUCAACCCCGGGCAUGGAUCUGGAGUCGCACCAAGAUCAUUCCUCAGAUUGUAAUGGAUCGAGCCCCUUCGUUCUUCAACAGGACCUGCCUUAAUGAGACCUCCUUCCUGGAUACUAAACAGGACAAGGAAUGUGAUAUACCAGCGCAGUACAGGACAACAGAGGGUCAAAACUGCAAUGUUUCAACAUUUCAAAUACAACAAGACUUCGACAUAGCCAAGUACUCUGGGAGCUGGUAUGAAAUGAGAUGGUUGGCUCAGUCCUACAUUCCACCGUCUGAACUUUUCCAAGACUAUCAACACGAGUACGUUGUGGGAAGUGACGGGCAAGUGUCCGCCUUCAUCAGAGGAAGGAACAAGCAAGGCUGUUUCUACAGGGAGGCCAUAAUGGAACAGUCAGAAACCCCGGGGAAGUUUACCCUCAAAGUGAAAGGCAACAGUGAUGAUCAGUAUCCAUACUGGGUCGUUGACACAGAUUACAGCAGCUAUGCUGUCAUGUACGGAUGCUUGAAGAUGAACAACAGCGAGUGUGUAUCUGCCAGAUCCACUGUGUGGAGCCGCCGCCAGACCUUGUCUCCACGGCUACAGUCCCGAGCCAAUACCAUCCUACAGAUGUUGUGUAUAAACCCUGCAGCAUUCCUUCUGACGUCACAGAAAAAUGCCUGUCCCCCGUACUUCGGACAGUCAGCCUGUGAACCAGCCAACGGGUCCGUGAACGUUGUCAACACUCCACUGAUGACUACCGUUAUUGCCAUGAUGAUGCCCCUUCUAGUCUUCCAAUAGUCACGACAUGGCUGAAGUAAUGCAAAGCGUUAACAUUAAACUCACUCAUUCACUCCAAUACUUAGCUCUUACAUCUGUUUCUCAAAGAGUGGGGCGUUGGGGAAGGCCACUGGUUAAAGCGUUCGCUCGUCAUGCCAAAGGCCGGGGUUCGAUUCCCCAUAUGGAUGGUGAAGCCCAUUGCUGGUGUCUCUCGACGUGACUUUGCUAGAAUUGCUAAAAGCGGCGUAAAAUUAUACUUACUCAGCCGCCCACUUUUACGCUUAAAUGACUUGAACUGACGUAUAUACCUCUAUGUAUGAUGUUCAUGGUUGUUUUUACUACUAUAUUGAUUAUACAUUGUAUAAACCGAGGUACAAAACAAAG